AUGUUACAUCAAUUCAACAAUUAUUCAACACCGCUAAGUCAAUUUUUAAGCUUACAUCAAACAGCAUUACAACAAUCUACAACAAAUCAACAACAAUUAAUUGACGAUCAACAAGAACUAAUCAAUAAACAAAGACAACAACAAUUGAAUGAGAAUAGUUCAAAUACAUCAUCGUUAAUGUACGAUGAAAACGAUAGUCAUCAUGAUAAUGACAGUGAUAAUAUUAUUGAUAAUGAUGAAGGUGAUGCAACAUCAUCAUAUCUAAUUGAUAAUACAAUAAAAUAUCAUCAUCAAAUCAUUAAAGAGAAUAAUAAUCAUCAUACAUCAUCAAAUAAUACGAAAUCAUUUACAAUUGCUGCAAUACUUGGUUUACAUCAACAUCAACAUUCAAAUCAUCAUCAUCAUCAUCAAAUCAAUAAGAAUCAAUUGAAAUCAUCACAUUAUCAUCAUUAUCAGAAUCAUCAUACGUCAUUGGAUGGUCCAGUUGAUGGUACAACUAAUGUACAUCAAGUGUUUAAUAAUCAUCGUUUAAAUAGUUCUAGUGGUGCAGUGGCCAAUGUGGAUGAAAAUAAUGGUUUAAUUAUUGUUAAUAAUCGUUUAACGUCAUCACAUGCUGUUGGAGAAAUAGAAGAUCCAAGUGAGGUGAUGAACUUGAGUGUACAAACAAAGAAUAAUGGUCAUCAAACAAGAUCGAAUCACCCAACAAAUACACAUAGUGGAGGAUAUGUACAAACACAUGAUAAUAUCCAUAAUCCACAUCAUGGUGGUAAAGCACCCACCACGGUGGUCAAUAACAUAACUGCUGGUGCAUUACAAGCGUCAACAGACAAUGCUGGUAAUAUAUUACAUCAUAAUAGUUUUUCAUCAAACACCGUGUCCACGACAAUAUCAAAUAAUAAUAAGACAACAGUACCGGUUACAGCAGCAUCAGGGGCACCAGGUCUUGUUACAUUACAUCCUCAUCAUCAUCCGCAACAACAACCGAAAUUUGAUACGGAUACAGGUGAAACAACACCCACGUCAGGGUCUUUGACACACCAUCAACAAAGGUCAACAGAUAGAGCCACAAAUAAACAUACAUCCGGAGGUGCGUUUAAUGGAUCACACAAAAAAACAGCAAAAAGUAAACGAGUUCGAACAAUAUUCACACCUGAUCAAUUAGAAAGACUGGAAGCUGAAUUUGAAAGACAGCAAUAUAUGGUUGGUCCAGAACGGUUAUACUUAGCACAUACCUUACAAUUAACGGAAGCUCAGGUUAAAGUAUGGUUUCAAAAUCGACGCAUAAAAUGGCGUAAACAUCAUUUAGAAAUAACACAUCAACGUUUGGCUGUAAUAAAGCAACAGCAACAACAAUUACAACAUCAUUUAUUACAAGAAGCAGAAAAUACCAUGGACUCAUCAACGUCCAGUGGCGGUCCAGACGAUAAUACGUGA